AUGGGCUGUAAGCUUACCGUCCCCGCAGACAGAGUCGCGAUCAGGAGAAUAGGUCCUGCGCGGUCAUCCGCUCCGAGACGUCUGACCCUGGCCCCGUCUCAUUUUUGCCCCUGGUGUUGCGUCCAUGACUCAGCUCGCCUGGUAUGCCGUGUUGUAGCGCAUUUUUAUUCGUUUAAAUAUCAUUGGUGCGCCACUGUCAACAGUGGACGAAGCAUGAUGGAAUCGCUACGGAAAAUACCUGUCACUGUAAGUCCAGUUAUGCUUGUGACCACGUCUUUCCAAAACUUGCACGGACGUUUAUAG